AUGAAGUCUAGCGACUUGCUCUAACAAUUUAAUGAUUUUAGAAGAAACCUCAAAGCAUAAAUUUAAUCAAAUGAAAUAACAAAAACUCCCUAAAAAAAUUACAUUAAAACUUAGAGUUCCCCUUAAAAACUCAGUUCUAGGAUUAAAUCAAAAAUAAAUCUAACCCAGAACCAAAAUAAAAACUAAGAUAGAUGUAACACAAAUCAAUCAAUUCAAAAUAAUAACUAACUUGAAUCCCUUAAAAACAAUUCUAAAUUAUAAUGCAUCACUCAUGAAAAAUUAUCCAGUAAAUAAUAGAAUGUCUAAUCCUUCAAAUCCUCUAAUUGCUCAAAUAAAAAAGAACUUACUGUUAAUAAGCUUAUAAGUUAAGAAUAAUUGCAGAAAUUAUGUUCUACUUUUUAAUCGAUAUCAGAUGAGGAAGUGAAAUAAUUACCAAAUGAGUAUAAAUAGCUUCUAAAAUAAUUGUCAACUUUUGUUAAUGCAAAGUUUCUUAAGUGA